UUAAACUAGGUUUAAGAUAAGAUACCCUAUUUAUUCGAUAACAGAAAAAAAAUUACACUAUUACGUACAUUUUUUAUUCAAGCGAUGAUUUUUAUUAUAUUCUCUUUGCUAGCCUUUGUUGGCCUAGCUCCUUCUAUAGAUGCUUUAGAACUAACUCCAGUUGAAGGGGGUCUAAGUGGUAAUGGUUCCACAAGCCGGUAUUGGGACUGUUGUAAGCCAGCAUGUGCUUGGCCCUCAAAUGUUCCGCAUAGUCCAAGGCCAGUUACUAGUUGUAAAGCUGACGGAAUAACACCAAUAAAUCCAGACGCUAUGUCAGGUUGUGAAAAUGGUACUGCAUAUACGUGCACAAAUCAACAACCAUUUAUUGUUAAUCAAACGUAUGGAUAUGGAUUUGCAGCUGCUUAUUUAAUUGGUGGACCGAGCACAAACAACUUUUGCUGUGCUUGUUUCUUGCUUAACUUUACAGAUCAAAUAAAAUAUAAACACAUGGUUGUACAGGUAACAAACAGUGGUACCAACUUUGAUAAAAACGAGUUCGUCAUUGCUCUACCUGGAAGCGGUGUCGGGGAUCACCCAGAAGGUUGCCACGAUCAGUGGAACGCUCCAUGGACAGGAUGGGGUGACCAAUACGGGGGAGUUCACAUGAGAUCAGAAUGUGUGACGCUCCUUCCAGAAGAACUACAAGAGGGAUGUAAAUUUAGAUUUGAUUUUAUGGAAACCGCGGCAAAUCCACUGGUUUCAUUCCAACAAGUAGUUUGUCCUGAUGAACUUGUAAAAAUUAGUGGUUGUAGAAUUCCCGAAUAAAAUUAUGAUCAUCAAUAAUUUUUGAAUGUUUUAUAUGUAAAAAUAUACUAAAAUAUUUUAUACAAUACGUGUUUCUUAUAUUUUAUAUAAAUGAAUUUUCUGGUUUUAAA